ACUCCUAUUACCAUUCCAGCCAAGGACAACAUUGCUUCAUACAGGGUCAAGGUUGGAGUUGAAAUCGAAUGCACCUCAGAUGACUUUGAUGUCAGACUCGAUGACUUCAAGCUCGUGCCAGACGCCUCCGCCUUCAUGAAGCGUGACUUGCAAGCCAAGAGACAGUUGAUGGUACAUCCCGAUCUCGUAACAUUCCACCACAACAACACGUUGCAGGCGAGACAGAUACCUGCAAUCCCAGAGGGAAGCGCAAUUCCCAACAUCCCCGCAAUCAACUCCAUGCCUGCGGUCGCAAUGAGUCAAGCAGCCCCAGUGAUUGCCGGAGGUAAUGCCCUCCCAACCAUUGCAGCUGCCAAUGGUAUACCCACCAUUGCGAAAUCUCAAGCGGCUCCUGCUAUUUCUGGUGGUAUCCCCGUUAUCGCCGCGUCUAACGCUGCUCCUGCUGUUGGCAAGACCCAGGCAGCCCCUGUUGUUCCAGUAGGGAAUGCCGUUCCUACCAUUGGCGCUGCAAAUGCCGCACCGAGCAUGGGAAAAUCGACGGCAGCGCCAAAUUUGGAUGCCGCAAAUGCUGCACCAACUUUGCCGCCCAAUCUGGAAGCUCCGUCUUUCGAUUAUGUUCCUGGUGGCAAUCUUGCAGGUGGGACAUACACUCUUGGUGCUGCCGUACCCACAGCUACUGCCGUGUUCAUUGGUGAGAACAAAUAUGUGUUCCCUGCCUUUGAGGACAUCAUGAAAUCAGCUACGGUCGGCGUCGCCGGCGCAGCACCGACUGGUGGUUCCGGAGAGCCAUUCACUGGUUGGACCACUAUGAGCAAUCUCGAUACUCGUCAAGCGUCAAGUCUCGCUGCCGCAGAAGAUGGCAACUUCUAUAUGGUUGGCAAUACUGGAGGUGCAUCCCCUGGGACAAAGUUUUACAGUGAAGACUCUGUCGCCUUCAAGGAUGAGUCUGAGCGCAUGUUCCAUUACUAUCCGAACACCAUGUCUACUUAUGGCGUGUCUAGACUUCGCGCCGCUCAAGUCCUGGACACACCAUUGGGUGCUCAGCUUGUCACGCUCGUACCUGUCUCCACCCCUGAUGGAGUUACCGCAUAUGUGGCAGCCGAUACUGAUGGCCAUAACUACUUAUUGGCAUGGUGCACAGCUCCAAGAUGGCAAGGGUCGAAGGUCUUCCUUGUGAGUGAUUAUGAGAAGGGCUUGGAGACUCUGUUGAGUGGUGAUGUGCAAUGGAUCGUUACUGGUAACAACGUCACUGAGUGUGAUCCAUUGGUAUUGACCAGUAAGGCUGGAGGACUGACGCCUACUUAAUCAUAAUCCAGGAAGCGAUAUGGUAUAUAUAAUGA